CUGCCGGGAUGGGAGCGUGAGAGGGGGCGAGUCCGCGGCCGGAGGAGCUGCGGUCUGAGCGGGGGCUGGUGCCGGCGGGCUCGGACCCGCCAUGGAGCCGGUGACCAAGUGGAGCCCGAAGCAAGUGGUGGACUGGACUAAGGGCCUGGAUGAUUGCCUGCAGCAGUAUGUCCAUAAAUUUGAACGGGAGAAGAUAAAUGGUGAGCAGCUGUUACAGAUUUCUCACCAGGACCUUGAAGACUUGGGUAUCUCACGGAUUGGACACCAGGAGCUGGUUCUAGAGGCUGUGGAUCUCCUGUGUGCACUGAACUAUGGCCUUGAAACAGACAACAUGAAGAACCUGGUUCUCAAGCUGCGAGGGUCAUCCAACAAUCUGCAGAACUACAUCAGCAGCCGUAGGAAAAGUUCCAGUUAUGAUGGAAAUACCUCUCGCAAGCCCCCCAAUGAAUUCCUUACUUCUGUUGUGGAGCUUAUUGGUGCUGCUAAAGCCUUGCUUGCAUGGUUGGACAGGACCCCAUUUACAGGUAUUGCUGACUUUUCAUCAAUGAAGAACAGAAUCAUUCAGCUCUGCUUGGACCUCACUACUACUGUUCAAAAGGAUUGCACUGUGGCUGACAUGGAAGAUAAAGUCCAGACUGUGGCCAAGACUUUAAAUGGCAUUUGUGACAAAGCCAUCCGAUCAACCACAGACCCACUGAUGAGCCAGUGUGCCUGUCUGGAGGAGGUCCAUUUAACCAACAUUAAACCUGGGGAAGGCCUGGGAAUGUACAUCAAAUCAACUUAUGAUGGAUUGCAUGUAAUUACUGGAACAACAGAAAAUUCCCCUGCUGAUCGCUCCCAGAAGAUUCAUGCUGGUGAUGAAGUGAUCCAGGUUAAUAGGCAAACUGUGGUUGGAUGGCAACUAAAAAAUCUGGUGGCAAAGUUGCGAGAGAAUCCUGCUGGAGUUAGGCUGCUGCUUAAGAAGCGUCCUACUGGCUCUUUUCAUUUCACUCCUGCUCCUCUGAAGAACCUGCGCUGGAAACCACCCUUGGUGCAGACCAGUCCCUCACCAGCUUCAACUCAGUCGCCAGAAAGCACUGUGGAUACCUCACUGAAGAAGGAGAAGCCAGCCAUUUUGGAUCUGUACAUACCCCCUCCACCAGCUGUUCCGUAUUCUCCUCGAGAUGAAAAGGGGAGCUUUGUGUAUGGAGGAGGCAGCAAACGCAGUCAGCCCCUGCCUGGGUCCAAGGGCGCCGAGUCUCCCAAUUCCUUUCUGGAUCAGGAGAGCCGGAGGCGGAGGUUCACUAUUGCUGAUUCUGAUCAGCUGCCUGGGUAUCCCAUGGAAGUAAAUGUCCUGCCAGCCAAAAUGAGAGAAAAAACACAGUCUUACGGAAAACCUCGUCCUUUGUCAAUGCCUGCUGAUGGAAGCUGGAUAGGAGCUGCAGAGCCCUUCUCUAGGCCACGAGGAUCAGGGAGAAAAGGUGAAGAUGUCCUCUGCAGGUACUUCAGCAAUGAAAGGAUACCCCCCAUCAUUGAGGAAAGCCCCUGCAUGCAGCACCCGCUCUCCAGGCCGGUGUCUGACAAGCAGUUAGUGAGGGGAACGGAUUAUAUUCGGGGCAGCAGGUGCUUUAUGAACACAGACCUCCACAACAGUGCAACAAUUCCUUUCCAAGAGGAAGGUGCUAAAAAAUCAUCGGUCACAUCAUCCACGAAAUCCUCCUCGGCAGAGCCCUCGCUGCUGGUCAAUUGGUUCACCAGACUGAAGCUGUUGACUCACUGACUUGUCCCCAGCGCUGUCACCAAGUGCCUUUGCUCGUCGGUCACACUUCCCUACUCUGCAGCUUAACUGACACACACUGACUAAUGCGGUAUUCUGUUCCUGGAGAAUCUCACACUUUAGCCUUUUUGCUUGUCAUUUUUCAUGGAUCAGAGGGUUUCAUAGUGCAAGGAGGGAAGAAAGACCAAGUUCCUCUUCCUAGCCAAAACUGAAGGCGUUUAUUCCCAUGGAAAUGAGUAAAAUUUCAGUGAGGUAGAGGCCACAAGUGACCUGGGAAAUGUGUAAUGGCUCAGAGGAAAACAUUGCAUUACUGUGAAGUCCAGUGGCACUUUAGUUGUCUGAAUGCUCAGAGGCUGGUGCAACUGGCAGGGUGUCAGAGUAUGAAGAGCUCACAGAAGCUGUCACUCUCCUGACUGGGAAAAUAAGCAGGGAAACAGCAGUUUCAUGCAACUUGGUGAUGCUGUUUCAAGUACUGCAUGAGAUCAACCUUGCAAGGAAGAAUUAGUGGUGUUACCACUCUUUCUCUGAUAUCCAGAGUUCCUAUGAAGUCUUCGGAAGAGAGUUCUCUUAUUCAGAGAUUUUAGGAAGUUGGACUAAUUUAAUUAUAAAUCAAUCCAACCUUUUAUAUAUAUAUAUAAUCUAUUUUAUUUGAAAUCACAGUACAAAUAAGGAGCACUGAACAACUGCAGUGCUCAUCUGUAAAGGUAUAUGGAUUGCUACAACAAGCCAAGGAAAUGCAUCUGUAGAGGUGGUGAAAGAAUAUAUAUUUUUUUCCUUAAUUGUUUAAGAAUGACUUGCUGUUAACCAAAGUAACCUUGAAAGACAGUCCUGUUGGACUUACGAGAACUUUUACAGUGGUUCAGUUUUUGAAUGAUAUGUUGUUUUUAUGAAAAAUAUGUGCUAUCAUACACUACAAUUGUAAGACAUCUUGCUAUUUUCUAUAUAGCUCUAAUUUUUACCCCUCCAGAAUUUUAAAGUAGCCUUGGGUAUUUUGGGAGGAAAAUAAAACUUGUUUAACAAAAGAG